AUUGGCUGACUUCCAAAAUGACAUGUUUGCAGGUUGUCGCCGUAGAUUCAUUUCCGGAUGAGUAGUUUGCGCCAUCCUUCCUUUAUUAUCCAGCAAGACAGCUAUGGCUGAAAUACCUAAAGUGGUUUUUUGUCUGGUUUUGUUUUUGCUUUGCGAUUUCGUGAGUGGCUUCUUCGGUGAGGUUUGCGGAUCAGGAUCAUGUCUCUAUGGUUACCACUGUUGUAGCCAUUCCACCGGAUACUGCUGUCCUGACGGAUUUAUCUGUAGUGGCGCCAUCUGUAUCAGUCUAACAGUAAUAAUCGCCCCUGUUGUCAUCGCUGUGAUAGUUUUCAUUGUCAUUAUCGUCGUUAUCAUCGCCUGCAAAAAGAAAAGAGCUCGAGGAGUCGUUAUCGCUCCAAACGCGAAUCCUGCAGUCAUUCAGCAGACGACAGGUUAUCAAUAUGGACAGCCUCAACCGGUAAAUUACCCGUACGGACAACCGGGUCAGGUGGGCUACUCGUCUUAUCCGGCAGGCCAGGGUCCACCUGCCAAUCCCGGACAACCUCAAACUUCGUCUGACCCGGCCUAUCCACCCCAGCCGGCCGUUUAUAACCAAUACAAUCCUGAAAAGCAGUGACUGUCAACGAAAAUAACUAUGACAUCAUUUUUCAUUUGCUCCGAAAAAUAUGUAUUCUAAAAUGAAGCUUUAUCAAAAAAUUACAAAAAUCUUUUUUAUUACAACUGUAAGAAUAAUGUUUUCUUCAGAAUGUUCAAAGGAUGGGUACACAUAUUGAUUUUUGAAUCAAAAUAAUCAAUACGUUGUUGUAAAUCCACUAAGGUGAAGUGCCUUUUAUUUUUCUGUGAAAUAGGUUUGAAUCGAUUAUCGAAAUCCUUCACUUUGUGUCUGUGUAUAAUACUCUUUCAAUUAUAUAUGGUCUGAUUGAGCCAUUGAAAUAUCCUGAAAGUGCAUUUCUACUGUAUGUGUAUGAAUGCAAUUUUUGAAACAAGAUCGAAACUGAAAUCGUCUUAUUGAAAUCUUUAAAUAUUUUAAAAUGUUCGAAUUUUAUGUUAUAAGAGAAUGAGAUAUGUUUAGUUAUGAACAUGAAUUUGUUUAGUGACUUUGUUCCAAAAAAAGAAUCGGUGUCAUUUUUCAAGACUCGUCUUGUUAUUUAUUAAAAGUUUUUUUUUUAUAUUACACAACAGAUUAUCAGAUUUUGACAAUAUGCAUUUUAAAUGAGAGCUUUCCGUGUUCAGGGCAUUUACGGUAGAAAACAUUGAUUUGCGUAGUAUUGUUAAUAAACAAAGAUGUAAGAUACCAAUUUUGAUUGUUUUAUUCAAAUAGGUCGAAGUUAAUUAAAUUAACAAUUACA